CCAUGGUGAAGGGUUAAUAAUCUAUAUCUGCCCACUCGAUCAACUAUUGUUUGCUUUUGUCUUUAAACAGAACACAGGAUUUGGAUUCCUGGAUGUGGCUAAACAAUGUUUCUUUGUUGAAAGUUUAUUUAUUGUAUCCCACCUCUGGUACGUGGUGAUAUAGUGUUGCAUGGAUUUAGAUCUGCGGUAUAUGGUCAAUAAGAUAUCAAGUUGGUAUCGUUUUUUCUUUUCUUUUUAAAUCAGAUAUUUGACAUUGUAUAAUUGAUCUGAUCAAUCUUAUUUCUAUGGCUAAUAGGAUAAACUCACUUUACUCGCCACUCGACGUUUGAAACCUGAUACCUGGAACUAAGGAGAAACAGUGAAUACUUGCACUUGGCAUAAUUUUGUGAACAAAUAAGACAAAACUAUGAAGUUUGAGGAGUUUAUAUGCGCAGUUCUGCUGUUAUUAUGUACAAUACAUCAAUUUGUAUUAACUCAAAAGAGUUAUGAGGUUGACUAUUCAAGUUUCCGCCCCGGGAAACAAAUGCGACCGUCCAGUAUCUUUCUUACAGUGAACCGUUUUACCAUUGUAAGGUGUAUCAAGGAAUGCUUAAAAUACAGACGAUGUGGGGCCAUAACGUUCAGCUCACUGGAUUCGAGAUGUGACCUAGGCGACGCUCGUCCAACGAUCUUAACUGUCAAUGACCAGAAUACAAUGACCAGUGGUCAGUAUUGGACACCUCCAGAGGCAAUCAGUGGGAAUUGUGUCAAUCACAACUGCAGUAACGAGGAGAGGUGCAUGGACUUCACCAACGAGCCUGUUCGAUGUCAGACUUUUGAAUGCCCUCCGUAUGUCGGAAUAACCCAUUCCAUCGAAACCUCGACUGGAGCUCGUGCUUUCGGACAGGAGUUCCCUAUCGUCUGCCCAGGUGGCUUCCUGCCUAAUUUCGUAAAGACCACGUGCGGGGAAGAUGGACAGUGGACCAUGCUAACCAGCGUGUCGUGUCUUAACUGUACCACACCUAUCUAUAAAAACAACACCAUUGUAUCCUGCUACAACUACCCCAGUCUUGCGAAGCAAACUUACGCUUCUGCUAAAAAUGUGUGCGAGGCGGUCGGAGGAAAGCUUCCCCGGAUUGACGGCGAAGUCAGCGACUCGUACUUCAGGACAGCUACAGAUGGCGUCUACUGGAUUGAAGGUGGUACUGAGACGGACGCGGACAGUAUGCAGUAUGACGAUGGGACCGUCAUUACCUACAGGAACUACGAGGUCACCAACACUACAAUAUGUGGGGUAAAUGCUACCGAGUGUGGAAUAGCUAUGAGUAGCUCUGCUAACGACAACCAAAUGUUCAUCAAAGACAAAACAACGGACCCUCAACUUGUCGUGUGUCAGAUGGUUCUGGGAUAGACCAAGUGAGCACGUGACUUUUGUUUCCAGCAGAACGCCUGAGACAAUUUGAAUCAAUGUGUAUCGCAUUUGUGUGUCCAUUUCACAUCGGCUGAGCAUCAGAAAUUUACUGCAAAUUAUGUACCUUGUACCAGACAUUGUGCUUUAAAUAUUAUGUAUCGCACAUUAUGUAUCCCGUAAUCUGUACCGGAUAUUAAGUAUCAAAUAUUAUGCAUUAAGUGUUGUGCAUUUCAUGCAACAUAUACAGUGCAUAAAACUGUAUGCAAAACGCAAUAUUUACCAUCGUAUGGCAUUGCCACUAUAUAACCCUACCAAAUUCAGUUGGCAUUCAUGUAGGCUAUGAAUGCCAUGGACCGAUUGUUGACGUCAUCAUUGUUACGUGGAUACCACUGACUCUACCAGGGCGAAGGCUGUUCAGUUAGUUAAACAAGCAUACACGAUACAUACAUUUUAUUUGAACUAAAUGCUGAAUGAUAAUAAGUGUAAUAGAUUUUUUAUGAGAUGAACAUAUUACAAAAAAAUGUAAAUAUAAAUAAUGAACUGCUUUAUUAUGCACGAAACAUUGCACACUUAAGCAAUAUAUGUAUGUAAUGUGGCUUUUAUGUUUGUGUCAUCAUAUUUUAAUUUGUAAGUCAUUUGCUAUAUAACUACUACUGCUUCUGCUACCGGUGACUUAAAGAAAAUACCAGUGACUUAAAGAAAAUAGCCAAUUUUACCACUUUCAAACGAAAACUUACUAAAUACUGUAUAGCAAUGUCUUAGAUUUUAACUUGUUUCUCCAUGUAAACAAAACUUGUAACUUUCUAAAUAGACUUCUUAUCUAAAUUAUAUCAAUAUUUUAGAUUAUGCUUUAUUAGCGUAUAACUAUGUCAAUUUUUAUUGUUUGCUAUAUUAGCAUGUAUGUAUAUUAGGCACAUGCCAUUUAAUUGAUGAAAUACCUUUGCAUGAAACUUUAUGCAUUCUGUGAUACUCUUAACUAAGAUAACUGUGAUAUAACCUUAUAUAUGUCGAUUGCAUCAAUAUAUAUGUAACUUUUAACUCGCACAUGUAUUUCACUAGCAAGAUUACCAUGUUUAUUUAUAUAUCGAUUGCGUAAAUAUGUUAUUUUAUCUAACACAUGUAUUUUACUAACAA